CAACGGCACCAGGGAAACUGUUUGGAUUCAAAACCAACAAGCAAAAUCCAUCAAACUUUUAUUGUAUUGAUAAGAUAAAAUAAAAAAAAUAAACAAACAACAAAUAAAAAAAAUAAAGAGCUUCAAUCUAAAAACACUUGAAACGUUGAUGCUUUUAUUUUGUUGACCUCCCGCCGGAUGUUAUCUCCUCGCUCUUUGCUAGCUUGACGUCACCGUGACCGUGUCAGAGUCAGGAAACAACCUGAGCCGUGCCGUGCCGUGCCGCGGCUGCAGUUCAACACAGAGCCCGACCCGGCGUCUCCACACACACAGCUCGGCUCUUUAUCUGAGGAUGGACGCGCGUCUGAAGAGGACGUUCACUGUCGGGUAGAAACACCGAGACGGACACGAACGUUCCGAGUUGAGGCGGGAACAGUCUGGAAGCGUCCGUUUGCGGCGGAGGCGGACCUGCCAUGGGUGUCACGGUGUUUCUGGGCAGGUAAACGUUAGCAGGUAGCCUGACUAGCAGCGCGGCUAGUCACGCAGCCAGGGAGCUAGCAUAGGUAGCAGCAGCCGCUACUUAACUAACUACCUGAUAAGUUGGGUCGUGUGGACUGAGGGCAGCCCAGCAUGGAUGAACGUAACCCGGUGAACCGUAAACUGCCCGUGUGACCCAGCAACAGCCGCCCUUUUUACUGUCGUCACGGAGGAACGAGCGGCUGCCGGAGCUGCACGCGUGAUUGACAGCUUGUCACAACGGGUUUUCCAGAUGUGGAGUCAGCACCAGAAGUGUUGCUAGGCUCUGAGUUAGCCCCCCCCCCGCACACACUCACCGUCAGCCGCAGGACUGGCUGCUGACCAGGAAUGGCCGGCUGGAACAAACUCCUGAGUGGACUCUCAACUCAACAGAACCGCAUCAACAAGCGAUGAAUUGCAGUUCGGCAGCGAGGUGUCACUGAGGUCGACACCAGGCGCACUGACACGUUGCUAACCAGCUAACUGAGGGUUACACCAGGAGCGUGAGAGGUGGUGGGGGGGUGACUGUCAGCUGGGCCGAACCCGAGUGUGUUCUACUCUUCAGCCAGAGAUGAAGAGGACAGAAAAUAAGAACAAGAGGAAACUCUGCAACAUGGAGCAGCGUCAGAGCAGCGGAGAGGAGAAGGAUGCGAAGGAGUUUGCGGCUCCUCCUCCUCUCCUCUUCAGGAAGCUGAGUAACCCCGACCUGUCACCUGCAGCCACCGCUGCCACCAAGUCCAAACUGCACCGACAGCUGAGUCAGGAUGAAAGCUGGGCCCGACGCAGCAGCAUGGCCAUGACCGGUAAGCAGCUGCUGCCUCUGUCCAGCAGUCUGCAUGCCGGGGUGAGUCAGCUGGCCUGGCCGGGGCCCUCUGGAGGAUUUGGAGGACUCGGGGCCGCAGGAGGAAUGUCGGCAGGAGGAGGGGAGGUGAACAACCUGGUCCGUAUGAGGAGCCAGGCCUUGGGACAGUCGGCUCCGUCCCUCACCGGACUGAAGGAGCUGAGCCUUCCCAGAAGAGGCAGUUUAAUCUGGUCGCCGGCUCAGCUGCGUUGCCACGGCAACAGCAGCCUCCUCCAGCACCUGCUGUCCCCCACUUCCUUUCAUCCCUCCGUCGUUCAGCCCCCCGUCGUCACCCUCUCCCCCUUCUCCUUCUCCACCUCCUCCUCCACCUCCUCCUCUCCCUCCCUCUGUUCCUCUGAUGGCCCUCUGUCAGCCCCUGUUCACCAGCGAGGAAACCCCUUCCUCUGGAGCUGUCGGACGAGCAACAGGAAGAGCCUGAUUGUGACGUCCAGCACCUCCCCCACACUGCCGCGACCACACUCACCUCUGCAUGGACACACAGGUACCAGCCCGCUGGACAGCCCUCGCAACUUCUCCCCCAACACGGCUGCACACUUCUCCUUCGUUCCUGCACGCAGUCACGGACACAGGGCUGACAGGACUGACGGCAGACGCUGGUCUCUGGCCUCGCUGCCUUCCUCCGGAUAUGGCACCAACACUCCCAGCUCCACUGUUUCGUCCUCCUGUUCAUCUCAGGAGAAGCUGCACCAGCUGCCCUUCCAGCCCACGCCGGACGAGCUGCACUUCCUCACCAAACACUUCAGCUCCGAGAGCAUCACGGACGAGGAGGGACGCCGCUCCCCCGCCAUGAGACCGCGCUCCCGCAGCCUCAGUCCCGGACGCUCGCCGAUCUCCUUCGACCACGAGAUCGUGAUGAUGAACCAUGUGUACAAGGAGAGGUUCCCCAAGGCGACGGCUCAAAUGGAGGAGCGCCUGGCUGAGCUGCUCUCCUCCUCGGCCCCGGAGAAGGUUUGCCCGCUGGCCGACGGGGUCCUGAGCUUCAUCCACCAUCAGCUGAUAGAGCUGUCCAGAGACUGUCUGGAGAAGAGCAGAGAGGGCCUCAUCACCUCCCGCUACUUCUACGAGCUCCAGGAGAGCCUGGAGAAGCUGCUGCAAGAUGCUCACGAGCGCUCGGAGAGUGUGGAAGUUACCUUCGUCACGCAGCUCGUCAAGAAGCUGAUGAUCAUCAUCGCCCGGCCAGCGCGUCUGCUGGAGUGUCUGGAGUUUGAUCCUGAAGAGUUUUACCAUUUGUUGGAAGCAGCAGAGGGCCAUGCCAAGGAGGGUCAGGGCAUCAAGUGCGACAUCCCCCGAUACAUCAUCAGCCAGCUGGGCCUCACCAGGGACCCCCUGGAGGAAAUGGCCCAGCUGAGCAGUUAUGACAGUGGGAACCCAGAAACACCAGAGACUGACGACUCAGUGGAUAGUCAGGUAACGACCGUCCCAGCAGCUCCACCGCAGACUAAAACCAAAACACCCCGAGAGGAAGACUUCGAGAACAUCAAGCUCAUCAGUAACGGAGCCUACGGCGCCGUGUUUCUGGUGCGGCACAAGGAGACCCGGCAGCGUUUCGCUAUGAAGAAGAUCAACAAGCAGAACCUGAUCCUGAGGAACCAGAUCCAACAGGCCUUCGUGGAGCGAGACAUCCUCACGUUCGCCGAGAACCCGUUUGUCGUCUCCAUGUUCUGCUCUUUUGAGACCAGGAGACACCUCUGCAUGGUGAUGGAGUACGUGGAGGGCGGAGACUGCGCCACGCUGCUGAAGAAUAUCGGAGCUUUGCCAGUCGAUAUGGCUCGAAUGUACUUUGCAGAGACCGUCCUCGCAUUAGAGUAUCUUCACAACUAUGGCAUCGUACACAGAGACCUCAAACCUGACAAUCUUCUCAUCACCUCCAUGGGACACAUCAAGCUGACGGACUUCGGGCUCUCAAAAAUCGGUUUGAUGAGUUUGACCACAAACUUGUACGAAGGACACAUCGAGAAAGACACCAGAGAGUUCCUCGACAAACAGGUGUGCGGCACUCCGGAGUACAUUGCCCCGGAGGUGAUCCUGCGUCAGGGCUACGGGAAGCCGGUGGACUGGUGGGCGAUGGGCGUCAUCCUGUACGAGUUCCUGGUGGGCUGCGCUCCCUUCUUUGGUGACACACCAGAGGAGCUGUUUGGUCAGGUCAUCAGUGAUGAGAUCAUCUGGCCGGAGGAGGAAGAAGCUCUGCCUCAGGAGGCUCAGGACCUCAUCACCAAACUGCUGAGACAAAAUCCUCUGGAGAGACUGGGCACAGGAAGUGCUUUUGAGGUGAAGCAGCACGCGUUCUUCACAGACCUGGACUGGAACAGCCUGCUGAGGCAGAAAGCCGAGUUCAUUCCCCAGCUGGAGUCUGAAGACGACACCAGCUACUUUGACACUCGAUCUGACCGGUACCACCACGUGGACUCAGAAGAAGAGGACGACACCAACGACGAUGAACACGUGGAGAUUCGACAGUUCUCCUCCUGCUCGCCCCGAUUCAGCAAGGUGUACAGCAGUAUGGAGCGUCUGUCUCUGCACGAGGAGAAGAGAACUCCUCCACCCACCAAACGCAGCCUCAGUGAGGAGGGAGGAGAUCGACUCGACAGCCUGAGCGGACUCAAGUCCAGAGAUCGAUCGUGGCUGGUGGGAUCUCCAGAGAUCCUGCGGAAGCGUCUGUCUGUCUCGGAGUCGUCCCACACAGAGAGCGACUCCAGCCCUCCGCUGACGGUCCGGAGACGCUGCUGUUCAGCCAUCAUUGAGAUGCCUCGCUUCGCCAUCUCCUCAGAGGAGGAGGGAGGCCAAGCUGGAAGUCGUAAGAGUCCCAGCCUGUUGGGUCCGAGUGCGGUGAGGGGCCCGCGGAGCGAGGAGCUGCCCCUCGCCAUCCCAGAGCUCCCAGUGGAGAGAGAGCUGAAGCUGGACGAGUCUCCCACCACACCGAGCUCCACCUCCAGUCAGCAGAGCAAGGCCACGCUCACACCGGGCAGCUCAGGUGACGUGAGUGACCGCAGUACCAGAGGUAACGGCAGUAACGGCGGAGCUGCGAAAGGCGUAGCCGACAUCGACUCUCCGUCGACUCCGAGAGCCAUCAGCGACCUGGCGGCUCGCAGGGCUCGCCAUCGGCUGCUGUCUGGAGACGACAAACACACGACUACACAAAGCUCCAGACCGCUCAACAAGGUCAUCAAGUCGGCCUCGGCCACCACGCUGUCGCUCAUGAUCCCUGCAGACCACCACGGAGCCUCUCCAUUGGCCAGCCCCAUGUCGCCCCACUCACUGUCGUCCAACCCGUCCUCAAGGGACUCGUCCCCGAGCAGAGACCUCUCUCCGGCUGUGAGCAGCACCAAACCCGCCAUCGUGAUCCACCGAGCGGGAAAGAAGUACGGCUUCACCCUGAGAGCCAUCAGAGUUUACAUGGGAGACUCUGACAUCUACACCGUCCACCACAUGGUCUGGCACGUGGAGGACGGCGGUCCGGCUCAUGAUGCCGGGCUGCGGGAGGGAGACCUGAUCACCCACGUCAACGGAGAGCCGGUCCACGGUCUGGUUCACACAGAGGUGGUGGAGCUCAUCCUGAAGAGCGGCGCCAAAGUCUCCAUCUCUGCCACCCCGUUUGAAAACACGUCCAUCAAGGUCGGCCCGGCCCGCAAGACGAGCCACAAAUCCAAGAUGGCGAGACGCAACAAGAAGACCAAGACCAAAGAGGGACAGGACAGCAGUAAGAAGAGGACGUCUCUGUUCAGGAAGAUCACCAAGCAGGCGUCUCUCCUCCACACCAGCCGCAGUCUGUCCUCUCUGAACCGCUCUCUCUCCUCGGGGGAGAGUGGCCCCGGCUCGCCCACGCACAACCUGUCGCCACGGAGCCCGACACAGGGCUACAGGUCCACGCCAGACUCCGCCCACUCAGUCGGUGGGAACUCGUCUCAGAGCAGCUCUCCCAGCUCCAGUGUCCCAAACUCCCCGGCGAGCUCCGGCCACAUCCGGCCCAGCUCGCUGCACGGCCUCGCCCCGAAGCUCCAGCGCCAGUACCGCUCGCCCCGACGCAAGUCUGCCGGGAACAUCCCCCUCUCCCCUCUGGCCCGCACACCCUCACCCACCCCUCAGAGCAGCUCGCCGCAGCGCUCGCCCUCCCCGCUGCCCAGCCACGCUCUGGGACAGUCUGCAGUGGGUCAGUCGUUCCCUGUGAAGCUCCACUCGUCGCCUCCCCUGGUGAGGCAGAUCUCCAGGCCCAAGAGUGCAGAGCCUCCACGGUCUCCACUCCUCAAGAGGGUGCAGUCAGCCGAGAAGCUGGCCUCCUCCCUGUCAAACGCCCCCUCGUCUCCCUCCGGGGUGGCAGCAGCGGGGGAGAAGAAGAUGGCGGUGGGAGCGUCUGUAGGGAGCCGCAAACACAGUCUGGACAUCUCACACUCAGAGUUUAAGAAGGAGAUUCUGCAGAGAGAGCCGAGCCUGCAGAGUCUUCAGGAGUCAGCCAGCGAGGGUCUGCUGUCCUCAGCGGGACGCGGCGUGGAGAAAGGCAGCCUGCAGAAACACUCCUCCUCAUCCAGGAAGCUGGGGCGGCAGGAAGGGGACCUCAGCUCCGUGUCCGGCUCGCUGGGUCUCGCCCCCGGGAAGAGCAAGCUGAAGGACAAACUGUCCGCCAUCCGGCAGGACAGAGCCGAGCGGAGGGAGUCACUGCAGAAACAAGACGCCAUCCACGAGGUGGAUUCAUCGGAGGACGAGACAGACGAGGGCUCAGAGGACAGCCAGGAUGGACGCAGGGGGACGACCUUCACCCCUCCUCCCCUGCUGAGGCCCACCACUGUGAGGACCGGACCCGGAGGCACGCUGCCGUCCCUCUGCCUCUCCCCCUGCACCCCUCACGCCACGUUCUCCCACACAGGGCCCUCGCAGGUGGGCAGGCCCACUCCCUCACACAGCCUCCCCUCCGUCUCAGAGACCAAGCCUGGUCAGAGCACCUCGACUCCGGGACUGAAAGACGCAAAGUUGUCCUCAUCCACUGAGGACGGUGCGAGACAAGAGAGGAAGGUUCUGGGGCCGAGUUGUGCCAAGAAACCCACUCAGGGUCCCCUCCCCUUCUCCACCCCAGGCAGUGCAUUCAUCUCAGUCAGCAAGGACACUUUCCUCAAACCAGCUCCUCCACUGGACUCAAAGAGUCCUCGGGGGAAGACUGCACCAUCAGAGCCCAGGGCAGAGGACCAAACCCUGGACAGCCCAAGGACCACAGUCCCCUGCACCACCAUCACCACUAACACUACGGACUGCAGAGCCACCACAAGUACCACAGACUCCAGAACCACCACCAGUACUACAGACUGUCAGACCCCUGACAGCCAGGAGACGCCCCGCGCCUCCUGCUCCUCUCCAGGCAUCCCCAAGGAGAAGAAGGAGGCUGACAACCGGAGACUGUGCCUGGCAGCUGCUGCUGCAAGUCUGAGCGCAUCGUCCUCCUCACCCUCCUCCAGCUCCACCUCCCCGGUUCCACCUGCGGAGAGUAGCAUGGACAGAGUAGUGUCCCAGCUUGCAACAGUAGCUAAGAGUGUUCUGGGCCCAGUGAAACUGAGCACAGCUGUGGACAAGAGCCAGAAGGAUCAGAAACCAUCCAGAGGUGGCACCCCAGACGUCCCACCACUGACUGACCCCCUUUCAGUUCCCCCUAAACAGCUCCCAGCCCUUCAGUCGCCAACCAGACAGAAACCUGAGCGAGUUGCUUCACCGACCGCCGUUCAGAGGUCGACCAAAUCCUCCACCCAGAAAGACUGCGCAGCCCCACCGCCGUCAGAACGUCCCACAUCAGUGUCUGCAGGCAGGGAGAGCGCCACCACGUCUGCUUCUGCACAGCGGCCGGGUUCAACAGCUCUGCCUGCCCUCGACACAACCCCCAGCUCCUCUGCAGCAUCUGAGCCACAACGCAAGACGACGACCGCCAGCGCCAGCGCCGCGUCCGCCUCCUCACAGCAAGACAAAGCAACCAGCAAGAAGACGUAGCAGCAAAGAACCAGAACAAAAUGUACAGUCACACCGCUCAGUGCUGGCUCGAGGUUUUAACACUCACACAAACUGCAUGUCUGGACAAAAACAUAUUAGUUACUUCGCACUAAUCAGAGAGUUUGACUUUCAGAGAAAAAGGAGGGAGAGGGAGACAGAGCCGACAGAUGUGGUCGUCCUAGUUCCAUUCCAGCUGUUCUGUGCUCUUAACGUUCAUGUGAGUUAUUUUGGUGUCCUGACUCUUUGGUUCCUGCUUUCAGACGAGUUGGCGUUCUUUCGAUUUCUGCAAAAAAUGUAAAGGGGCGGAAAUAAAGAGCUCAGCGGUCCACGAACUGGCUCGUGACGCCGCCUCAUUAGUUUUCACCUGGCAGAGCCUGACAGACGUUCCUCAGGCAGAUCAGGACGAGCCCCACUGAACACACUCCUCUCCUAACAACAGCUACUCAGCCGUGACUGCAGAGAGAUUGUAUCUCAGCAGUAAAGUGCAGCGUAUGUUUAGCAAUCUGUGUAAACGCGUUAGCAUCUUUUUAAUACGAUUAAAUCUGCACCGUCAAUGUUCACUCAGCACGCAGAUAACCGGGCCAAAUUAAAUUCUCCUCUGGCUGUCGUCCCCGGUGAUCUGAGACUGCAGCUCUGUUGCAGGGGAGAAGUUUUCCCUGAGCGCAGGCUGCAGGUUCAGUUCAGCAGUUUGAAGGGAUUCACAGGUCGGUGCAGGAUUAGAUUAGUGUUUGUGCUGAUUUAACAAAUCUGUACUCAGAAACAGAACUCCUCACAAGCAGCAUGUUAAACAGUGUUUUUAUCCCUUAUAACAAAUACUAAUAUCUGUUUAUCUGUUACGUUAUUUAACUGUCAGGAUUCAGAUCAGGCUUCAUUUCUUCUGUCUUUUUAUGUUGGAAGGAGCUUGAAAUGAUGCCGACUUGUUGCUCCUGCUGCAGCUCAGCAUCGUCUCAGCAGACUGACAUUUAAAUUGUAUUUCCAGAACGUCACCGUCGAGCUCUUAGCCUAGCAUAUUAGCAUAUUAGCAUAUUAGCAUUAGCACGAUGACACAUUAGACUUUGAUCUUGCUCGUCAGUUUAAACCACCUGUAACAGACACACUGGAUGUUUAAACUCACAGCUUUGAGAUCCAAACACACUUACACACACCUUCUCCACACUCUCAUCCAGACUGAGCACGCUCAGACUGAGUUCUGUUGGACCGCUGCCUCUUUGUCUCCAGCCCCGGUCGGCCUCUGACGGCCCGACGUUGUUUUAUUUGGUAUCUGGACCAACCUUGCUGUGUUUAGUUUUGUUUUUUUGCCUCAAAUCCUGUAAAGUUAUCAGACUUUACUUUGUGUAAGUGAGUGUGAGAGAGGGAGAGCGUUAACUUGUGCAUGGUUAUCUGUGUAUAUAUAUAAGAAUAUUUAAAGUUCUGUUGUGCAUCUGUUUUAUACCCGGAGUGUGUUUGCGUGUGUGUGUUUUAGGAUGGUUCAGGACACCCUGCUACCUGUGUACGUGUCUGUGUCGGGCAUCAGGCUUUGCACAAAACUUUAAUCUCAUCUUGUCAAAUGAAAAGGACAAAAAAAUCAGUGACGGGCGAGCCGGAGGAGGGAGCGACGGCUCGGAGCUCAGAGAUCAGUUCGAUUCAUUUCCUCCUGGUGUUGUUUUCUCUUCUGAUCCUGAUAUUCCACCUUUAGUUUCUCCCGUGUCGUCCCGAUCACACCUGUGAUUUGAACUGUACAUUUCAAAGCAAGAAAUAGAUUUUUUUUUGUUUUGUUUCUAGGUUUGUUUCACGUUUGUAUGUUUGUUAUUCAGAAUCGAUCUAACUGAGUGACAGCGAGCCCGGCCCUGUGCGAGUCCACUCGGGUCGAACAUUUUGAACGUUUUCAGCUCCUCUGAGGGUUUUUUUUGUUUUCCUCUCGUGAGUUUAAGGUGGACUAAACCUCCUGCAGUGUUUUGUGUCUUUACUGGGCUUGUGUCACUGUCGGAGAGUUCGACCGCCUCGGUUUAAAGGACGCUGUUGAGCUGAGCGUGGCGACCUCUCUGUUAUGUUUACAUGUUCUUUUUCUUUCUGUGUUUGUUUGUCGGUGGAACUUGUUGCCUGUAGCAAUCAAACCUCCUCUGACAGGCGAGGAUAAUUACCAACAUGUGAGGUGACUGCUCAUCAAA